AAGUGCAAACAAACUUGGCGAUAAAGCUCUUUCUGAUUCUGAUUUAUGCUUGCAAUUUAUUAAAUGUAAUUAUUUUUUGCUUGGCGUUAGAAUGUCAUUGUAUUGUGUAACACACCUUUCCCAAAAGAUAUGAUCUUUAGAUCUUUAUUCUAAACAGGACAAUGCAGCAGCACUUGUAUGUUGUUUUUUCUCUUCCCUUUCACCUCCUCAUCUGUACAUUGUCAUGCACUCAUUAUCUUAUAGUUACUGCUUCCAGUCUAACAGUGUUUAUUAUCUAAAGUGCAUUCUUCUCCAGAAUACAAAUCUCACCUAUUACUGACCUCUGAGUUUGGUUGCCAGAUUGAGUGUUUUACGGUCUUUCCCAACUAACUUACUUACCCUUCAAUUUCAACGUAUGUAGGGAUAUUGGUGUAUCUGGCACCCCAUGCAUGGAACAAGGGAUGGGAAUAUUUUCUGGCUUAAUGCAGAUGUCUUUUCUCAUUAACACGUUUUUGAGCAUUUAGAUUCAAAAUAAGCAAAAGAAAUAUGGAUGAGGCCACUUUAAAUUAUGAAAUCUUAGCCGAAAUUGGGGCGGGGGCCUACGGCACGGUAUACAAAGCGAGGGAUCUCGUGGACAAACAGCGCCUCGUAGCGGUGAAGAAGCUGAAAAUCAGCGCAGAACAGCACUUAGGCAUCCCGAAUCUUAUGAUCCGCGAGGUGGCGCUGUUGCGGAAAACGGGACUUUUCGACCAUCCAAACGUAGUGAAGUUGUUGGACGUAUCAGCUAGUCUGAGGAAGACAGGUUUGGACCUGAUGCUGGUGUUUGAAUACAUCGAUCAGGAUCUGUCCUCAUUUCUCAGCACAGUGUCUGAGGACGGUUUGGAGAGAGACAAAAUAAAGGAUGUAAUGCGGCAGCUGCUGAACGGCCUCGACUUCCUCCACACUAACAUGAUCAUUCACCGUGAUCUGAAGCCCUCUAACGUUCUGCUAAGCAGCCGUGGCAAGGUGAAGAUUGCUGACUUUGGCAUGGCCAGGAUCUACACUCAGUCUAUCGCCCUGACGCCUUGCGUAGUGACUUUGUGGUACAGAGCUCCUGAGGUGUUGCUCCUCUCAAAUUACAUGUCCUCUGUGGAUAUCUGGAGCGCAGGCUGCAUCUUUGCGGAGCUCUUCCUGCUAAAACCUUUGUUCCAAGGAUACACUGAAGUCCAGCAACUUCAGAGGAUCUUUGAGGUGAUUGAGUUACCUGGUGAAGAGGACUGGCCAGAAGAAAGCCCUAUCUGCUAUAAUCCAGCCUGGGCUACACGAGAUGCCACCUCUCAGCUGCUGCCGAACCUGACUGUUGAGGAGAACAACCUACUUAUUCAAUGCUUGGCCUUUCAUCCAACCCAACGCAUCUCUGCAUUUGGAGCUUUAGACCAUCCUUUCUUGUCUGGCCCAUAAACGUAAAAGCACAGAAAAAUUAAAGUUGAGCAAGAUGACAAGAAGACAUGCUACAAGGAAGGGGUCGCAAGGGGAAUUUACUCAGGUGGACACAUGUUGGUAUGCUGUUAUAGAAAAGAUGACAAGGUGGUGUGAUUGACAUCGUCAUGUUAUUAUUACCACCCCAAAGUUGAUCAUUUGCAUAUAACAAUAUGUCCCAAAUUCUUACUAUUCCUAUUAUACUUCAAAAAAAUUUCUAAUAGCGACAGUCAAGGUUGUGGACCAAGUUCCUUCAUACUAUAGGAAAAAAAUUCAUAUAAGAAACAGCAUAGCUAUAAAUUUGGUAUGGCAUAAUACAUUUUAAAUAUGCAUUCUAGCCAAAUGAGAAUCAAGCACCAAUUGGUGGCAUUUAAAGUACAGGUCUAGAGGUCCCAAUCUUUUGUGUCUUAUUAUGUAGAAAAGACAAAAGAUUGAGCGAAUUAGGUCCACGUUUGGCUAAAAGUUGUUACUGCUACAAUCAAGGAUCUUUAAGUAGCAAAGGAAUGAAGGUCCUUGAUGAAUAUUCUUCUGUUCAAGCUUUAUAAAACUGUGGAAAAAAACAUUUCUGUAGUUGUUUAGUGUUGUUUGAUAAAACUAUUUGUACCUACUGUUAAAGUACUGUUGGAGUUUGUGUUUAUAUGUCAUUCUGAGAUGUGGUGUUACAGGAUUUCCACACUGUAGAAAGUGAUUAUAGAGAGCAAAUAAAAUGAUCGACACUUUAUACUAUUAUACACAAAGCAGUCACGUAAAUAAUAAUGCUUCUUAUUAAAAUCUUAUUGUUAAGGACUGAAAAGUAAAACUGUAUUACAGCUACAGCCAAAACCCUUAGAUGUAUCCAAAUAUUGGGUAAAUUAUAAAGGUUUGUGUUUGCUUUAUAUUAUUAAAAUCACAGGUAGUAAACACUUGCUCAGCUGAAGUGAAAUUGCUCUCAAAGAAGGCAACUUUGUGUAAGAUGUUUGUUCACACCACAGUUCAGGGUUUUCUUUGUUGUUUUUUUUGGUUCCAUGUGUUUCCUUGAAAUGUUUCUAAUCUUGAAUUAGACUCUGAAUUUGACUUUUUGAGUUGAUUUCAGUACUUGGGUCUUUUCAGAUGUUAAAUUGUACUGAAUACAGUUCUGUAAGUGUUUGUUGGUUUUUAUAAAGCAAAUUGUUUUAGUACUGAA